AUGGCUCUGAAGUCGAGUUCAAAAACCACAGCGCAUUUUAAGCAGGACGGCGGGUCCCGAGGGCCGCCCCUCGGCGAGAGAAAGAAACGGUCAACCGCCUCGCGACGCAAACGUCCGCGGCUUCACCUGGAGAAGCCACAGGCACCUUUCGCGGCUCGCACGGCCGCCUCCGCGCAACGGACUCCCGGGGCGCCCAGAGUGCGCGCGGCCCCCAGACCCCCACGCUCCGGGCUGCGGCGCGCUGAGGCCGUGACCUUCGUCCCCGGGGUGCGCGCCGGAGCCCCCCAACAAGGGGCCAUCUUCCCGAGCCUGUCGCGCGCCGACGCCGGGGGCUGCGCAGCAGGGACGCGGCGCGGGACCCACCGCCCCGGGGAGGAAGGGGAGCGCAGGAACCGCCCGAGCGGCCGCCACUCACCUCGGCGCUCACUUGCCGCGCGAGCCCGCACUCCGCCCCGGCCUGGCGCUCCUUCUGCAGCGGCUGCGGGGGAAGGAGACAGAGUCAAGUUUACACGGGAGCGACCCCGGCCUCCCUCCCUCGCGUCCCCACCAACUCGGCGCUGGCCUCUACCUCGCCUCGCGGGAGACAUCUUUCUGCCUCUCUCCUGGGCCUGGCAGCGCCCGCUUUCUCCCACGCGCGGACGGGCCACGGGCGCGCACGCCUCACCUUUCCACCCCCACCCCAUCCCGGGACCCUGGGGACGAACGACGGGCUUUUGUGGCCGCCGCAGGAGCGGAAGCGCUGCCCGCCCGCUGGCGAAAGGGCUCUGCAGGAGAAGCGCCCCCGCCCCCGCGGGCGGCUUGAACUCUCUCGUCGGGUCAGAAGCCUAAGUGUCCUGAUGGCUUUCGCGGAGGGAAAGGAACUUUCCUAAUGGAGCAUUCCCGCGAAUGGAUUAGACGCCAUUAAGUAGGCGUUUGUCAGUGGCCCCUCCGGAAUCCGGGGCGGCGGCAGGUGACCUCCCCCGGGAGAGGCCCGGAGCUGGUAAAAGCCAAGCCUCGCUCUCCGCCCGGCCGGUGGAGACACGCAGCCUUCAGACUACCCGGGACCCGGCUGAAUUUAAAAACAGCCGAUCUUUUUUCAUAAUUAGAGGGAAAGUUUCCGCUUAGUUUAUAAAACUGUGCGAUAUCCAAGUCUUUCCGCCGACCCCAAAAAGGCUUCCUUCCCGUCCACUUCAGAAGUUGGCUGAACCAGGUCCGGGUGGGGGGUGGCAGUGGGUGGGGAAAGAAAGGGAGUCAGGUCGCAAUUGCUGAUCCUGACCAUCCCUUUAACUUUAUGGCAUUUCUUUAAAGAAAGUCUGUCUUGCCCUCUCUUUUGCUACUCCAUCCUUCUUUCAAGAUCAAAAGGUUUAGAUGAAAGCCAAGAUCAAACUCACUAAAUAGAAGCAACUUUGCCAUGGAGUAUUUUAUACAAAGAGGAGCUUCUGAAUGAAGAUAUCAGAGUGGAAAACUUUAUUUUAUCCCUUCAUUCCACAUUCAUAACUGGGCUACUUAGAACUACAUUGCUGAUGCACUUCUAUUUCCUAAAAUAAAAGUAGUCUGUUGGACUGAGGGAUUCUUAACUUAGUGAGGCGAUAGGGAAGGGCAAUUGAUGCUUAAAUUGUACAGUUUCUAUUUGGGUGAUGGAAAAGUUUUGGUAAUGGAUGGUGGUGAUGGUAGCAUAACAUUGUGAACCUACU